UGAUCGACAGGGAUGUCUGAGGUGUUUGUGUAGAUCGCCUGUACAACGAACUUUGCUGUGUCCGGGUUUGUCAUAGCCAGAUCGUGCUGGUGUUGCCUUAAAGGGGUACUAAAGGCAGGAGCUGGGGAUCAAAUUGGUAGUCUGCGGGUGACAAUUAUGCGGUCGUUGGUCGUGUUUGAUUCAGCGAUAUGUAUUCUUCAAACAAGCGGGAAUAGGUCAAUGCAGUAUGAUAAAGGGAGAGGCCCCUUUCGGCGAUUUUGUGUAACAUAAUCUGACCUACCUGGCAUCGCCUAUAGUCUCUCUUUAAAUAGUCAUGCUCGUCGUUUCUCAACAAUCUAAGCUUGCUUAAGAAUCUCGAAGGAGCAGUGAUGGUUACUUCGACUGGAUAUCAAAAUGUUACAACGUCGCAAGAUGUUUCAAUGUCGCAAACUGCAGAUCCAUCGGAUAUUCUGGAUGCUCUCCUCUAUUACAACAGCAGUUACCUCACGCCCAUUCUUGUGAUAUUCGGCGUAAUAAAUAAUCUUUUGGUAUUGGUAGUCAUGUCUCUACCGCAGUAUAGAAAACACGUCAGUUGCCUCUACCUCAGAGCAUUAGCAGUCUUCGACAUAAUAAACUUGUUAGGAAUCGGGACAGUACUAACAAAGAACGUCAUGGUAGCAAUGAUAGCAAGGUAUGGCGACCCAUUCUGUGCAGCUUUGUCAUUUUGCUCAUAUUUUUCACCAAAUGCGUCCUCUUGGGUGAUCAUAGCCAUUACCUUUACGCGAUUCGUUGCAGUGAUGUUUCCCCUGAAGGCGCACCUGAUAACAACAUUCAAGGCAGCAAAUAUAUACAUAGCUGUGACUGUGAUUGCGUUCUGCGUCUGGGCGUCACCCUCUUUGGUCUUCAGCAAAGCACCUAAGGGUGAAUCGACGCGGGCGUUCCGUUGUGUUCUUCUCAUCCCGGUCAGUGUUAACGCAAGUUAUGAAAUGGCACAUUCAAUCCUCGCGCUGAUGUUGCCUUUCUUCGUUCUUUUGGUUUUGAAUUUGUCGAUAAUGAACAAAAUGAACCGGAGGAACAAAUCAGUUGAAAGAAUGACUGUAAGUGCUACUGAUACUAAGGAAGAGCGUUCGGUGAUAGUCAUGGUUUUUGGAGUAACAAUAGCAUUCCUUGUCUUAGUCUUACCAUACGUUAUCCAGACCAUUGUAUGGCAAGUUCUCUUGGCUUAUAAAGAGUUAAAUCCUUACCAAAUUAAACAGCGAAACUUCUCCUACACGAUGGCUUCUAUGUUCUACGCAACCAACUGUUCCAUUAAUUUCUUUCUCUAUUUCAUUACUUGUAGAAAGUUCAGGCAGGAUUUCAAAUCAGUCAUUCUCUGCGAGUGUCUUUUGGCCCAAAAGGGAUGAUAAAGGAUACUGCUUCUUCUUCAAAAGUGUUUGUCGGUUGUGCACCCUCAUGCAUCACGUAUUAGUUGCCAUUAUUGAUAGCAAUGGGUCAAACCGCCCAACUCUUGCCGCUGUGCUCCCGUGAUUACAGUGCCGUUGAGGCGGAAUGCAGCUUUCCGUUGUGUUAUAGUGAAACGUGCGUUACCGAUAGGUAUGAUAAAGCAAGUCACAACUGCCAAUCGAAGCCUGACCUGAUAUUUGCACCGAACACUUGCCCAUUUUAAGUCUUAUCCGACAAAACAUAUAGCAACGCUACACAAUAUUUCAAACCAGUGACACUUUAAUAUCAGCCUCCGUUAAAUCAUCCGCCACCCGAUCGAUCUCGCCGUUGUCUUGAUCAAGAUUGAUGUAGCAGCCGUAUUAAUAAUUUUGAAAAAGGUCGUAGUGCAUAUAUUUGCAUUUCUAUUAUCUCUGUUUACCACUAAGCGGGCAGAUACCGGUGUAGAUACAAUUGCCCAAUACAACCAUGUAUCUAAUUGUUUGACCACUAAUAAUCUGGCUGAUGAAUUGGUUUCCUUGAUUUACGCAGGUCAAUCAGAGAACCCACGAGCGAUGAGUGUAAAAGAUAUCAAGCUUUUUUCCUGAUGCAUGUUCUGCUAUGUUUUUCUAUCUGUUUCAUUUUCUGUAGACAUACCCGUGUAGCAGCUACCAGAGAUGACUCAUAUCUCGUUAUAUUCUUAGGGGUGGCUGCACUCGGUCAAGUUUCCAUUUUAUCUUGGGGAGUGCCACCCGACCCCGGCCUCGUUUCAUGGAUCGCACCACCGGUCCUCUAUUGGUUGGGCUGCCCACACCCCUUCCAGAAUUUCUGGAUCCGUCACUGGACUAUCUGAGCAAAUUCUUAAUAUAGUUCUAAAUAGAAAUAGACGCAAACGUUCAUCAAGAAAUGAAGAAUAGCACAUAUUAGAUAUGUGUGUCCUUCAAACUGUAGAUAUGAGUAUUUUAGAAUCAUUCUAUUUUCACAAACCUUGGCGUCAUUUGACCAUCUAUCUUUAUAUCAAGACCUGAUUAUAGAUUUAUCACUUCUAUAUAUGUUUCAACUUUUCAAUGGAUCUUUAUUUUCGAGUUUAUCUGGCUUGAGAGUCAGUCAUUGUAGCUCUUCCAAACUACCUUUAAUCAAAUUAUCAAGGUAGACACCCGUAUACGUUGGGUAACUUGGUUACCCAGUUUAUUCAAAGACCGAUUGAGACCGAAAUACGCUGCUUUGGAAUUGUACCGGCGGAUGAGACUUAAAUGUGUUUUUGUACUAACGUUACAGCCCCCGGUGUGAAGUAGAAAAGCCAAGGAUUGGCAAAGGAGAAUGGAGGUUUCCCGAAAGCUCUAAAUCAGUACAGGUAGUUGCUGAAAUAAGAGGAAUUUCUUGCUUUGUACGGAUUCCAAAAGAAUUUCCAAUGGUCUUAUAUUUUUCCGCGUAUGCUUGUCAUUGUAAGCACCGCUCGAUAUAAGAGAGGACAUAGUAUUUCUUAAUCAGGUAAACCUUUAACUAUUUUCCCAUGUCUGUCGCCGUGCGGUCACCACCAUGUUGCCUUCUACCAAUCAAUCUAGUAGAAAUCAAAUCCAAUUUGAUUUGCAAGUCGAUAUUUUGGAUCAACUUCUGUUUUACAAUAGUGCCUACCUCACGCCGAUCCUGGUCGGAUUUGGUACUAUAAACAACUUGCUGGUCCUAGUAGUGAUGUCUCUACCACAGUACAGAAAGCAUGUCAGCUGUUUCUACCUCCGGGCCCUCGCCGUCAUCGACACACUAAGCCUAAUAGCCACA